GCGCCGGGCCGACGCGACGGCGGCUCCCUCUGGAUCGACCCUGCGCGGCCGGCGCCGGCGGCGGCUACACUCGGGCGACUACCGCCCGUCGACGCGCCGUGUCGGCAGUCGGGCUCGUCUCGCCAGCCGGGGAGGGACGGAGGGCGGUGAACGCACAGACAGCGGAGAUGAAGGCGGCAUUGAGCAUCGCCGUCGCCUGCUUGGCCCUCGCCCUCACAGAGGGCUCGGUGGCCGAUGACGCGGCCGGCCGGGCGCUUUCCUGGGUGCUGGAGAGGCAGGGCGACGACCACGGCUGGGCCACAGAGUCCUCCAAGGCGGUGAUCGCAGUCAACCUGGCCAACUCGACGGCGCUGAGCGGUGUCGAGAGGGAGCUCACCAGCAAACAGCUGCAGAUCAACUUCCUAGUGGACAUGUGGGGCUUUCAGAAGGAUGAGAAGAACUGGGGCUGUGGCCCUCGACCAUCCAACAUGACUGAAAAUGGCACCACGACCACCCGCAAACCUUACUACAUAUGCAGUCGGAGGGACUAUCCUCUAACGACGGGCCGGAUCGCCGAAUACGUGCUAGCCUUCGUCAGCCUCUGCUUCGACGUCCGCAGCUUCCACGGCCGCGACAUGACAGCGAUUCUCCAGCACCACCCGGGCGUCAUGGACUAUGAGUCGGCGUUCGUGGUGCUGGCCACGUGUGCGGCCGGCGCCCCGGUCCGGAGGCGCAGCUACAGCAAGCUGAUGACGGUGGCGCACGACCCCAACGACCUGCACGGCACAGACACCCUCGCCCUGUCCGUCCUGGCACUGCGCUGUGUGGCCGAGACCACUAGUCGCAGUGUGGACCGCCACCUUAGCGGCCCGAUUGCCGCCCUGGUCACCCGACAGGAGGCGGACGGCGGCUUCGGCAACUUCCACUCCACCCUGCUAGCCGUGCAGGCGCUGCGGUUGGAGCGGGAGCAGGGCUGGAACGAGUCGGCGGCCGUGGCCUAUCUGCUCUCUCACCAGCAGGAGGACGGCUCGUUCGGUAACCUGUUCGACACGACUCAGGUGCUGCCCGUGCUGCUGGGCCGCACACUGCUGAAUGUCACCACCACCGACUGCCACCGGGACGGCGGGGGCGCUGAGGUGACGGAGGAUCCACCGACGGUGCCGCCACCUACCACUACAGCAGCGCCACCUACGCUGAUCAACUUCACCCUGUGGCUGUGGGUGGGCCCCGACGUGAACAAGACGUUCAGUCAGGCGUUGACCAUCCCGCAGAAUACCAGCCUCUUCGACGCCAUGAAACUGGCCGCCGAGCGUGACAGCAACUUCGAGUUUUCUGCCACGGUCUGGCCCAACGGGCACUACAUCCACACGAUCGGCGGCGUCCACGAACAGAAGGUGGGCUACAUGUUCUGGCUGCUCUACCGACUGAAGGCGUCUCCGAACGUCGAGAGCAAGCCGGUCAACACACAGCUCUCCGCCACCGGCGUGGAUGACGUGUUCCCCGAGGAGGGCGAACACAUCCUGUUCUGGUACAAGAAAAUAUAACCAGCCAAUCUUCCAUGGACGCAGCGAUAGCCGUGCUAAACGUCGAGCUUCUGUCGACGACUGUGACGAGCGAGUGUGGUUGACGGUCAGCGGUCAGCGCCGGCGGCGGUCGGCCCGCAGGGGAGCCCCGGGUCUGGGGACCGGGGACGUGGGGGCGUGGUACGGACCUGACGCCUGUGUACAGAGUGUGGCAGUGAGUCAGUGAGGCGCCGCCACUGCGAUCAGUGUGAUGCAGUUGUGAUGGGAUGUGUGCCGAGCGGUGUGGCCGUCUUCUCCGUGUCAGUCGUGACGAGAGGGCGUGGGAUGCGAUGGGAGCGCAAUACGACGAUUUUGCGAUACUGGAGGGCGAUAAAAUUGGCGCGGGCGCUACGGAGGCAUAAUAGUGGAUUGUUUUGUAGUUGUGAUGUUUCGAUUGUGAAGCGAGCUUAGCUUGACGUUUGGUGAAAUUAUACGUCCGACUACUAUUCAAGUUACUGGAAAAUGGUCGCAAAAGGCGAACUUUAAACAUUCCUUAUUAUGUAUCUAGCGUGCCGCUUACGUAAUAUCUUCGUAACUGUUGUUAUGAUAACGAUGGUUGCACUGGAUGUCAUCUGAUAAACAUUGUUCAUACAUAA